UUCUUCUUCUUCUUCUUCUUCCUCUCACCACAAAGCUUUUCCCUUUUAUGUUUCUUUACCACUCUCCGAUCUUCGCAACAUCUUAAAGAGGUAAAUUCCAAAAAAACUUCAGUUUUCUCGUUGCUGAUUCCAUCGAAAUCUGGAACUUUUCAUCGUAACUGUGAAUACCCAUCUCCCAAGUUUCGCAAUUUGUUUGUUUAAAAGAUCCAUCUUUGAGCUGCAGCCCAGAUAGUUUCAAUGGAGGAACAGAGAGAGGAGAGUGAGUUCAUUGGUGAAUCCAUGGAGGAAAAAGAAGAAGCUGCUAAGGGAUUAGGUAUAUCUUCUAAAACUGAAACCCUAGAUGGUGAGGAUACAAACAACACGGUACAGGUUUCGGAUUCAGAUGUAGAAAUUUUGGUUUCUGAUGUGAAAGCUGAUGAUGAUGAUGUUGAGGAGACUAAAGAUAACGUUGGCAAUGAUGUUGCACUGACUGAUGCUGCUGUCACGGAGCCUGAAGUUGAUGGAGAUGCUGAGGUGAAGAUGAAUGGUGAGACGGCUGCUAAGUCUCAAGUUAAGAGUGCAGGAGAAGGGGAAUGUGUAAUCUCUGGUGUGAAUGAUGUAACUGCUGAUGACAAGGCAAGUUGUGAAGUUGAGCAAAGUUCAGUAGAUGCCGAGAUGCUUUCUGUUGCUGAAAAGAAAGCUGACCAAGAGAAGCAAUCCACAAAGAAUAUCGAAGAGGAUGAUAAAAGAAUGGGUGUUGAUAGCAAACAAGAAAAUGAAGAGAAUGUGGGAUCAGAGACUAAAGAUACUGUUUUGAAAGUUGGUUCUGCUGCUGAAGGAGAAAUAACCAAUGAAGAAGAAAAAGGAGAAGCCAUGGAGAUUGAUUAUGCGGCAGAGGAACAGGUUGAAGAUGAUGUUAAAGUAGGUGAAGCUUUGGAUAGUACCCAAGAUAUUCCUCCAGUUGCUGAAGCUGAUGUGGUAAGUGAAAUGGGAAUUGACGAACCGAAAGAUAAUGCUGAUAUGGCCACCGAAACAAUCGUAGCUACUGAUUUAGCAAACCCAAACAGUCCCUCUGAAGAUGCUGCUCCAGGGAAUAUACAAGACCUUAAAACCGACACCAGGAAUGUCUCUUUGAAAGAGGAUAAGAAAGCUGCUGGUAUGGCAGAGGAAGCUGCCACGGUUGCUAUUGAAAAUGGAUCGACUGAAGCACCUGUUGCUUCUGGAGCACAAUCUCCAGUUGCUGCUACAGAUUGUUCAAAAGAGGCCUCUGAUGCAAAUUUGGGAUCUGAAGGAAGUAAAGAUCAUGCAUGCUUGGAUACGAAAACGGCAGAUCAACAAGAUGCAGUGAUAGAGGAAGAGGACAUCAUAACUCAUGAAUCCCAAAGUAUCGAUCCAAACCAAAAGGAAGAUACAGGAAUGGAAGAAGAUCCCAGUAAUUCUGAUUUUGCUGAUGAUGAAGCUGGUUCUGAUGUUAAGACUAACGGUGUGAAACGAAAGGCUGAUGUCCUGAGUGAGGAUUCACCAGGAGAAGGUACGAAGACUGUUUCCUUGGCAAAGGUGUCUUUUGCAGAAAGGCCCUCCUUUAAGAUUGGUGCAUGCAUAGCCAGAGCUGCUAGUCAGAUGACUGGAUCUUCUUUAGUUUUGAAGGGUAGUAACUGUGAUGAUGAAACUCUCUCUGUUGAGAGUUUUGUGUCUCAGCUUCACUAUGCAGCAACAUACCCUGAUAAAGAGAAUGUUGUAUCUGAAAUUGCUGCUGGUUUUUUCUUAGAUUUCCGAAACUCCACGGCUUUGCAGCAAGGUCCCCCAGAAAAGGUGGGCAAAAAAAGAGGUAGACCAUCCAAUUCUGAUGUAGCAGGAACUGAAGCAUUCGAGUUUGAGGAAAUGGGCGACACAUACUGGACUGACAGAGUGAUCCAUAAUGGUGGUGAAGAGCAAACACCACCAACCGAGAAAGGAAACUAUCAAGUUGUGCCAGUUGAGUUGAAACCUGCUCAGGUUCAAAGAACUCGUCGACCAUACAAAAGACGACAGACUCAGAUCCAUAUUCCUCUUUCAGUCUCAGACAAACCGGCAAACUUUGAUGAGAAUGCACCAGCUGAACUUGUAAUGAAGUUUUCUGAAGCGGAUACUAUACCUCCUGAGAAGAGCCUGAGUAAAAUGUUUAGGCAUUUUGGACCAAUAAGGGAGUCGCAAACUGAAGUUGACAAGGAAAAUAACCGGGCCAGAGUAGUUUAUAGGAAGGGUGCUGAUGCCAAGGUUGCUUACAACAGCGCAGGAAGGUUUAGUAUUUUUGGGACGAAAGCGGUGAAUUACGAGCUCAGCUAUACGAUAACUGAGACAUUCAAAGUUAAGCCUUAUGUUGUGUCUUUAGGCGAGGAGGAUGCAGCACCAUGUCUUCCUGCCUAGAUGUAGUCCCUUCAGGCAUGGUUCAGGUGAAAAGAAUUGGCAGGCAUCAAGAGAAGUAAACGAUGAUGUGGCUCAAUGGAUUGGAUGCUCUUGCUUGUGUUGUUGUUAUCCUUUAGGUAGAGAUUUAGGCUGUGUAAUAUGAGAAAACUUGUAAGUUCCAGAAUUCUUCGAGUAAUGUGUUAUUGUGGAGGUUAGAGAGAUAGUUCCUUUUUCGUCUUCUGAUGAGAGCACAUUUAAUUUGCUGUUACUAAACCAAGUGAUGGUAGUACACUGAUGGUAAUGGUUAUUAGGUGGAAGUGAUCUGGAGCAGUCAAUUUGUUCAAUAUUUGGGUUACUUAUUUUA